UAGAGUGCUUUUAAUCUGUUAGCUAUGGAGGCUUGUCUAUUCUCUAUCAAACCCACACCUACACCCAGAAUCAAGAUUUCUCCGGUUCCGGCACUGCCCCGCUGCGUUCACGGCGGCAGUAGGCGGUUGCAGAGGUCGACGGCGGUGAAAUGCGGCGGAGGGGGGAGUUCAGUGCCGGAGUUGGAAAGGAAACUGGAGGAAGAAUUGGCCGGAAUGGGGAGAGAGAGAGGGAAGUGUUAUGAGGUGAAUGGGGUAGCUGAGCUGUUGGAGUGUCUGGAAAGAGAAGCCAUCAUGGGAGAUGAUGAAGGAAGAGACCCAAAUGAUUACAAUCGAAGGGCCCAGAUUUUUGACAAAAGUUCAAGAAUUUUCCAGGCUCUCAAGGAAAACAGUAGCAGCAGUGAUGCCAUUCUUGAUUCUUCUCCAGAUUAGAUGUCACACAAUCUUUUGUGUUGAGUUUUAACUAAUAGUGUUUGUGUAUUGUACUAAUAUAAUAUAAUAAUAGUGUUUGUGUAUUCAAGAAUUCACUAUCAAUAUGAAAAUGUGGACUAUUGAGAGAA